AUGAAGAACCCCCCGUCUUCACCUCAUCUCAAAAAUACAUCGGGUCUACUUUAUGGAAUCUAUCAAGUUCGCUCCUUUGACGUUGAAGACCAAUGGCUCGAUGCUGCACCCUCAGAAGGACUUACCAUGUCCCUCCGUCUGCAUAGGAAUGCGAUGUGGGGCUCGUACGAGUUUGGGACAUUUGAAGGAGUAAUUUUCAUGCCACAACGACCUUUGUGGUCGUCUUUCGAGGAAAUUCGGGUCGAGUGGCGUGGAGACUGGCGAAGGCCAGAUCGACUACGGCGAGGACUGUCAAGUUCCAAGGACGGCGGAUCAGUCGCAAUGAAACCCAUUUUGUCUAGACAGGAGCUGAACUGCAAGCGGAAUAGGAUCAAUGAGAGCAUGCGGAGAGACCUCGGUAUGAGUGAGCGACUCUUUGGGCUUAUGGAAACGUUGAACCACAAGGCUAUGGCUUUCGAAAAGGGCGCAGCUAUUGAAUCCGACACCAACCAAUAUGCUGAAGUGAACGAAGGGCUCGAAGAGGCAAACUUACAAGGUCCAAAAAAGGAACGCGCCCUUUACCGAGAGGAGUCAAUGCUUGUACUGAAUUUGAAAGAACUUUUAUGA